AUGCAUGGGGAAGAUGUUAAGGAAGAAGGAGAAGAAAUUAAGGAAGGAGAAGAAGUUAGGGAAAGAGAAGAAGUUUGGGAAGGAGAAGAAGUUUUGGAUGGGAAGAAGUUAAGUAUAAAGAACAAAGAGAUUAUAGUUAACGAUGGAGAAGAAGUUAAGGAAGCAGAAGAAGUUAAGGAGGAUGGAGAAGAAGUUAGGGAAGGAGAAAAAGUUAAGAAUGAAGAACAAGUUAGGGAAGGAGAAGAAGUUAAGGAUGGAGAAAUAGUUUGGGAUGGGGAAGAAGUGAAGGAAAGAGAAGAAGAUAAGGAAGAAGAAGAAGUUUUGGAUGGAGAAGAAGUUAAGGGUAAAGAAGUAAGUAUGGAUGGGGAAGAAGUUUGGGAUGGAGAAGAAGUUAAGGAGGGAGAAAUGAUUAUGGUUGGAGAAGAAGUUAAGGAAGGAGAAGAAAUUAGGGAUGACGAAGAAAGUAAGGAUGGAGAAGAAGUUAUGGACAGAGAAGAUGGUAAAGAAGGAGAAGAAAUUAAGGAAAGAGAAGAAGUUAGGGAAAGAGAAGAAGUUUGGGAUGGAGAAGAAGUUAAGGAUGGAGAACAAGUUUGGGAUGGAGGAGAAGAAUCGAAGUAUGGAGAAGAAAUUAAGGAAGAACAAAAUGAAGUUAAGGAGGAUGUAGAAGAAGUUAGGGAAGGAGAAAAACGUAAGAAUGAAGAUCAAGUUAAGGAAGGAGAAGAAGUUAAGGAUGGAGAAAUAGUUUGGGAUGAGGAAGAAGUGAAGGAAGGAGAAGAAGUUAAGGAAGAAGAAGUUUUGGAUGGAAAAAAGUUAAGGGUAAAGAAGAAAGUAUGGAUGGGGAUGAAGUUUAGGAUGGAGAAGAAGUUAAGGAGGAAGAAAUGA